CUACAAGAAUUCUUUUUCUUAGAUCAAAAAAUCUCCCAAAGCGGUUAUUCAGGCAAUAUUAGAGUUGUACCAUCUGGAUACAGGGUAAAACGAGCAAAUGAGUAUGGAGAUGAAGCGGUUACUCCACCACCCGGCGACGGAUACUAUGCUCCUCAAGCAGAACAAACACCUGCGCCUGCAGAUCAAGGAUAUGGAGGCAACGAUGCUGCUAACGUAGAACCAGCCGGGUACAGAAAGAAGAGAGCCAAUGAAUAUGGAGACGAGAUUAUCACUCCUCCACCACCAGGAGGCGAUUCAUACGGGCCUCCUCCACCACCAAGUGGUGGCUCUUACGGGGAAGAGACACCAGCACCUGUCGACCAAGGAUACCUUAUCAGCGAUGCACCUCAAGUAGAACCAGCCGGUUACAGGAAGAAGAGAAAUAACGAAUAUGGGGACGAGAGUGUUACUCCUCCACCACCAGGAGGCGACUCAUACGGGCCUCCUCCACCACCAGGUGGUGGUUCAUACGGUGAGGAAACACCAGCACCUGUUGACCAAGGAUACCUAAUCAGUGACGCACCCCAAGUAGAACCAGCCGGUUACAGAAGGAAAAGAGCUGAAUAUGUAGACGAGAGCAUUACUCCGCCACCAUACCCACCUUAUGGAGGGCAAGGUGGUCAACCUCCACCGCCCGGUAAUAGCCAAUCUGGAUCCGGGGGAGGAGCUAAUCAGUAUGUAGACGAGAGCAUCACUCCACCACCAUACCAACCUUAUGGAGGCCCAGGUGGUCGUCCCGCUUCGCCCGAUAAUAGCCUACCUGGAUCCGGAGGAGGCGCUAAUCAAUAUGGAGAUGAACUUGUAACUCCACCACCACUUCCAGGUGGCGGUGACUCCUAUGGGGCUCCACCUACUCCAGAAGUUGAUCCCUACGGAGAAGAAACGCCAGUGCCCGUUGACCAAGGAUACAUCGCCAGCGAAGCACCACUUGUCGAACCUGCUGGUUACUGA